CGAAGUGGGGGCCCGGUAUAUAAACGCGGACCGCCGCGUCCUACCCAUCAUACAGUUUUCGAGUAUCGGGGCGUCGCAUCGAGUGCUUUCAACAGGUCUUACCGGCGAACGAAACAGAAGUCCAUAGGUAUACCAUAUACCUAUACCCACGCAUCAUCACCGACACUGUACCGCAGCCACAAUCAUCAUCAACAUGAACGCUUUGAGGAUAUGCUUUUGCGUGUUUUUGACCGCCGGAUGGGCAAGCAGCUUACCGUCCGGCAUGGACUCACAGGCCGUCGGUCACAACUCCAUCCAGGGCAAGGAGGACCUGUUGGACGGCAUCUACAGCGAUUGCGUGGCCAAGGGAUCCGUCACCUGUAUCAAGUACAAACUGUUCGCAUACGUUGACAAGGCUCUCAGCAAGGACGAGAUCAACUUGACCGAAGGAGUGACUGUGGUCAGGACUUCCGGAAGCCCCGGCGACGGUGCCCCGCGGUCUUUGGACCUGACCGAAGACGGACAGCCCAAGGACGUCGACUCUCUGGUCGUCAAGCGCGUCCAACGGUACCUCAACGAGCACUCCAUCAAGGUCGACAUUAGGGGAGCCGACGUGGUCAACGCCGUGUCCAGAGCCGGAAAGUCCGUCAGCGACGUGAUCAGCCAGUUCGUCGGAGACGAUGAAGGUGCAACCGAAGAGAGCCGUGGCAAGAAGAGUGAGUAUUCUUUGGUUAAUUUUUUAUUACCUUAAUCAGUUAAAGGUUAGGUUUUUGAUUGUAUCUACCUGCAUACGUUAUUUUGAACAUUGCUAAUUCGACACGCAAGUCAGCCCGCCCGUUAAUUUCCAUUACUUAUUUCCGGUUGAAUUAGUAUAAAGUUUAAACACUAAUAGUUUCGAGCACCUCUAUAUUAUAAUAUCGCUGAAAAACGACUUGUUGUUAUGGCACGCGAGACGAUUGCCGCUGCGAACGGGUUGUCGGCGCUUAACGAUAAUUAUUUUACAUUCAAUUAGCCAAAUUGAAUUCUUUAUUAUUAUUUAUUGCUAAUCGUCGCAUAACUGUUCGUUUCGAUAUUAUAAUAAUAUUAUAACUGUACACGUAUCCACUUAAGACAUUGUGCCCACGGUGUUCAACGGCAAGCCGAAACCGGAAGUGGGGUAAGGGGCUUUCGUUGAAAAUUCGGGCACGAAAAAAUAAUCGACCACACAAAAACGAAACGACGAGGUGUCUUCAGAUCGAUUCCACGAUGGCGAGGGGGGCCGAAAUAUAAAAUAAGUUCAACGAUAUUUUUUUUUACUCGAAAUUACUAUUACUACUUAAUAAUUGACAUUUAUAUAACAGAUAUUUUGUGACAAUACGGUACGAAAUAUCGUCACCCGCUGUCGGGGGAUUAGAACUGUGUGCGGGCACUCGCCGUUAAGCCGCGGGGCGAUUCGCGGCGGUAACCGCGGUAUCGUCGUCGGUAAUGACCGACGAUUAUACGCCGCGGUUGCAAAACGGUCACGGCCGCCGCAGGACACAACAAACAAAACGAUAAUAAUAACGAGAAAAAUAUAAAAAAGAAAAAAUAUAUAUAUAAUGACCGGCGUAAUCCGCGGCCGGGACCUCCGGGCGGUCGUUCGCGCGCGCGCGCUCGCCGAUAUCAUCUCCCCACGCGCGGGAUAUACACCGCUGACCCGGUUACCGGUUAACCACACACGAAAACACGUCGACGCUUAGCUCGAAAUAAUAAUAAAACAACAAAUCCCGUACAGGUACGUCGUUAUUAUUUACUACUCCCGGAGGGGGGGGGGAGGGUAAGACUUUCUAUAUAAAAAAAAAAAUAAUAAUAUUAUACGAGCGCGUCAAUCAAAUCUCGUUUUCGCCGCUCCGACAAAACGCGUCGAGACCUUCUAUAUAAUAUGUAUUUCUCUUCCCGGACCGGAAUACAUCUGUACAUACCUAUACAAUAAUAUCGUAUUAUUUUUUUAUUUUUAUCGUAUAUAAAACAAACUAGAGAAAAUAACACGCACACACACACACACACCCGAACGCGUAAAAGUUCUACGGGAAACGGACUAUAGAAAAAAUCCUAAUAAAAUAUCGUGCAGCACGAAAUAACCGGUUUUUAGAAAGUGGUCGCCGCCGUCUGCGACCCGAUACCCGGGUCUACCGGACAUAAAAAAAAAAAGACGCGCCUUAUAAUUUUUUAAUUAUACGGCUUGUGAAAAACGUGUGCGACCCGCGGGGCCUCCCGAAAUACGAUAUCCGCGUCCGUAUUUUUUUGUUUUCUCUCGCAUCAUAACGACCGGUCCCGGGUUUCCGUCCGAAUCCGCCUGGUAUCUUUCGUCGCACGCGCCGCCUGACCCGGGGUACCGAGGCCGAAUCACAACCCGGACCAUUCGAAUUUAAAAUUAUCGGCCGACGCGUUUAGAGGGAGGCGAACACCCUCCCCUAGGUGUUCCCUCGGGUACGUCACUGGCUCGCACGCUUUAUUAUUGCUUAUAACACGUACCGUUACAUUAUAUUGUUCGUUUUACUAACAAGCCAAUGGUAUUUUUUGCGUUUUGCAGAGAAGAAGAACAAGCAGCUGAUGCAACUGUUGAUGCUGUUGAAAUUCAAAUUGGCUGCCCUGUUACCGUUCAUCCUGGGAAAGAUCGCCCUCAUCGCCGGAAAAGCCCUGUUACUGGGUAAGAUUGCUCUGGUCAUCUCGCUCAUCGUCGUCCUCCAGAAGGUGCUCAGCCAACAACACCAGAAGACGGUCACCUACGAGGUGGUGCCGCAGCCCCACCAUGAUGUGCACGGACACGACGCAUACGGAAGCGCUGCCGGCGCCGACCUUUCCGGAAUCCCGGCCGGCGGAAGCGGCGGAUACGGACCGAGCGGAUCCACCGGUGGAUGGGGACGCAGCAUGGAUGCCCAACAGAUGGCGUACGGUGCCCAAGUGCCGUCCCAAGGCGACGCCACAUUAGCAUAACACACAUGGCCGCCGUUCAUCGCGCUCAGAAAUCCUGACGAAAAAUCAAAGUUCAAACGAGCCAUCGAAACACACGAGCCGCCCGUCCGCUUACCACCCCUCCCAACCCAGAGGUGAGCCGUGCGCUCGUCACCACUUAUUAUAAUAAUAUUAUUAUUAUUUGUACAUUAUACUAUCUAUUUAUUAUUUAUAUAUAAUAUUUAUAUUGCGUGCGGUAUUUAAAUCGUACUGUUUGAAACGUUAUUACUAUACUACGAUGUUUUCGAA